UUCAGUUGAGUGAUCGGCAAUUGAUCGAACGUGUUUGCAUUGCACAGUAAAUAAUAUAUUAUUGUUAAGAUUUUUACAGAAUGCUACGAUAUAAAAAAGUAUUUUCGCUUUUAUUUCUGUCUAUGACAGUUUUGAAGUUAUGUCUCACUUUAGAAGCAGACAUAAGCUGUUAUACUGCCACUGGGAAGAAAGGCACCUGCAUUUCCGCUAAUCAAUGUCCUUUUGUAAUUGAAUUAUUUACCAAAUAUGGAAAAAAUAUUCCGCAUUUGCUAAAAAAUCAAAUUAAAGAAUUGACGUGUGACAAUAAUGAAGAAGCACGUUACCCAAUCUGCUGUCCCAACCAACAAAGUAAAGCACCCGAAGCUACAUUGAAAGCAUUGCAAAAUCUUAGCUACAUUGAUCCAAAAGGAUUGCAGCUACUUAAGUCAUAUCCUGAUUGUGGUGGCAAAUAUAAUGGCGAGCGAUAUUCUUUCUUGGUGGCCCAUGGUAAGAUAGCCAAGGCAGCUGAGUUCCCUUGGAUGGCGCUCUUGAAGUACGAAAAAAGCAGGUCGACCUUUUCUAUGUGGCGGGAGCUUGAUCACCGAUCGAUUCGUCUUAACGGCUGCCCACUGUACCACAACCUCAUUUGAGCUAGUUGCUGUUCGCUUGGGAGAGCAUGACCUGGACACAGAAGAUGGAGGAGAAAUAGAGUAUGGAAUUGAGGACAUACGAACACAUCCCAACUAUAAGCACGGAUCCAUCAACUACGAUAUAGCAC